CCACCCCUCUCCCUGCCACUUUCAGAGAGAGAGCGAGAGAGAAAGAAAAUGUGGUGGUUUGGAUAACUGGGGCAAGGUAACUUGACAAGAUAGGACACAUCGAAGGGAAGGGAGCCACCGGUUGCUCUCUAAACUCUUUCUCACUUAAAGGAACACUUACAAAGUGAUGCAGAAGCCUCUCAUCCAGGAUUGGGCACUGCAAUCAUCUGGUCUGUUGUUCUACAACUACCAAACGAAACCCCACAAGUCUGAACCCCUCUACGCUACAUACUCCUGUUAUUGGUUACCACAGGAAGCUUAAAGCCUAAUCUCUGCACCUGUAACAAAACAUGAGGGUACGGGUGUUCUCACGGGAACAUAUACUACAGGAAUUCCAUCUGCGCUGUCAAUCACUCGCUGCCAAGGACAACAGUGGUUUCUGGCAGAAGUUUGAGGAGCUGAAUGAUGUUGGUAAAGAGUUCACUACCAGGGCUGGAAACCUGGAGGCCAACAGAGAGAAGAACAGAUACCCCUACAUACUGCCUUAUGACCACAGUCGAGUGAGGCUGUCCCUGCUAGACUCCAAGCUACACUCAGAUUAUAUCAACGCUAGUUAUGUCCCUUCUGCGGUCUGUCUAUCUGCUCCUCAGGGUGGAUGUACGGAGCGAGACUUCAUUUGUACCCAGGGUCCUUUGCACAGCACUAUCGCUGACUUCUGGAGGAUGGUAUGGGAGCAGAACGUUAGGAUCAUCAUCAUGGUGACCGCCCUGAAACAGAAGGACAUGGUGCUGUGUGAUGAGUACUGGCCAAUGGAGCAAGGGACGGUGUCGUACGGAGCGGUCCAGGUUACCACAGUGUCUCGUAAACGGCGUCCAGAUUAUUUCAUCACCACCAUUCACUUACGACAGCACGGUUUCCCCAUAGAGAGGACAGUAACACACUACUACUACGCUGCCUGGCCAGACCAGGGUGUACCCAACAACCUCUCCUCUCUCUGUGCUUUCACUGAGUAUGUGAGGCAGCAUCUGGACACUCUACCCCUUCUGGGGCCUGCAGUGGUGCACUGCAGUGCAGGUGUGGGGCGGUCUGGGACAUUUGUCGCUCUGCUAUGGCUGAUGCAGCUGUGUGUGCGUGGCAUCAUGCCUGAUGUUAGAGCCGCCGUGGAGGACCUGAGACGGCACAGAGUCAUGAUGGUCCAGAACCUGGAGCAGUAUAUACUGGUUCAUCAGUGUCUAAUGCACUGGCUGAGUGGAGGGAGUGUGGGACCUCUAAGCAGAGUACAGAGUCAUGCUGGCCCUGCUCAUGUUGAUUGGGGGAAGGAUCACCCCCUCACCACCUCAGGGCGAUCAGGUCAGGGAAACUCAUCGAGGAGGAGGCGCAGGCGGGAACAGGAACAGCACACACCCCAUCCAGUCCAAACCCAACCACAAACCCAGAGCUCCGUGCAACAGCUGCUCAACCCUAGGAACUUGCUAAGAAGACUGCUGCCCCCCUCUAUGCAUAUUAAUCCACAAAAACACACUUGAGGACUAAUCGCACAAAUGCA